AUGUCGAAUUCACGCAGUGGCGCUAGUUCGGGCUCACGCGGUGAUGGUCGCUCAGAAAUUUGCCCUCAAGAUAAACACGACUUGAAAUAUUUAGCCGCCAACUGGCAGAACAAUAGCCAACAUACAGGGACAAUUCGGACCGAGAUGAUGAAGCAGGACGUUUUGAACCGCAUGGAUAAGAUCACGGGUUUGAUGAAUGCGGACUGCAAGAAAGCCAGCGGCGCGCCAGAGCACGAGCCCGUCGAGCGGCUGAACUGGGACGAAUUAUACGAAGUAUCAGCUAACGUCAUGGACCUCUACACAAAGGAUGUAGAUGAGUGCCUCUCGGAGCUAGAAAAAUUCUACAGGAAGCAAUAUCUAUGGCAAGAAGCAGCUUUUACGAUCGACUCGCACCGAGGAGCUGCCAGAAUUGGCGCUGCCGAGGCAUGGGUCAUUGCAAAAGAGGCGCAUCUGGAGAAUAAGCGUCAAGAAUUAUCUUCUUCUGCACAAAUAAUCAAGAACACCCUUGAAGGUUUGUCACAAAGGUGA